UGGGUUCGAUUAUCUCUCUCCGAGUCGGACCGUGGAUAAAAACGUCACUUCCCGUCGUAAACACGCCUCUUUCAAGACGUUUACGUCGGAUAUCGACCGUAGGAUCAAAAUUUGCCUGAGACUCCCGGAACUUCGGCAUAUCUUAGCUUUCAUUUUCGCAUCGGCCAAUUUAGAAGUUCUCUUCGACAGCCUGAAAUUACACCUACAAAGAAACGAUUACCGAAAGUAUUCCACGUUAAAAUGCAUUAAAAUUGAAGACAGGUCAUUUUUUUCGACAAGUUUAAUCAGUUCCUACGUUUAGCAGGGGAAGGUUUCCUACGUUCCCAAACUUCAUAGAAUCGGCAAAUGGCGUCAGUUGAAAUCGAUGUGACACGAAGACGGAGAAGACGGAGUAUGGACGCACCUUUAACAAUGUCUGCGGAGUUGAGGAUUGUGCUGUUUGGCAGCAGAAGUCCCUUACAGUUCAUCGUCUCAAACUGUAUCCUGGGACGACAGGUGUUCAUGCCAGCUGAAUGCAUCCUUUCACAGAGUUUGAAGAAUCUUGGGGAGACAGACGGCAGAAGAGUAUCAGUGAUCAACACACCAAACUUCUUUGAGAAGGACCGUACACAGCAACAUAUCAAGAAGGAGCUGAAGAGAUGCGUGUGUCUGUCUUGCCCGGGACCCCAUGCUGUCCUUUUAACCCUGGACUUGGAGGACAUCUCAGCAUCUGAUGUCCGUACUGUGGAAGAACUUACCAAGUACUUUGGGGACAAUAUCUUAAAGCACACAAUUCUUCUUCUGUGCCAUGAGGGUAAGGAGGAAAAUCCAAACUUGGAGGAUAGACUGCGGAAAGAUAGAAACCUCAGCGAGAUUAUGGACAAGUGUGGACAUCAGUAUCAUUUGUUUAACAAGGAUUCGAUGGGAGCUAAACCUUUGCUGAAGAGCAUUGAGAGUUUGGCUGAAAAUGGAGACAGAUUCUUCACUAAUUACAAAUAUGAGGAGAUAGAAGGUAGCAUUAGAAAAGAGCAAUCAGUUAUUGAGAAGGAAAGAGGGAAAGAAAUGAGUAAAAGGCUUCGUGAGCUAGACUGUUUGUACCAGGGAGAGGAGCUGGAGAGGAAGAGAGACCUACAUCUGAAAAGUGUCAGGGCUGCCGUUAGAGAAAAGGCUGAAAUUGUCGUUCUGGAUCGACUCGGAUUUGCUGCUCAGGCUAUGAAUUAUGCAGCAGCCGUGGGUAAAGGCAUAGCUGUAGGGGUACUUGGAGGGGCAGUACUGGGGCUGAUGGUAAUUGUUGGGGGAGCAAUAAUAGGGGCAGUGCUGGGGGCAGUGGUAGGGUGGAAAUUAUGGAGACGUUAGAGGUGCUGCUACUGACAUUGCAGAAGAUUGAAAGCGGUGCUGUAUUAUACUGUUUCUUUUUAAAAAAAAUUGUGAAGAAUUAGUUGAGUCACUGGUAAGCUAGAUCGAAAAUAAACUAGAAUUAAUGCAUCACCAAAGUAGACUUAAAAAACAUGGAGACAUGAAAGAAAAGUUUUGGAUAACUGGGUGACAAGGUAGGGAUUGGCACCGUGCUACUGUGUAGUUCUAUAAAUAAGUAAAGAGUUUAUGGGAAUUAACUAAGUAACUGUUUUACAUGGUAAUGUAUUAUUGUAAGAUGGUUUAGGGCUCUUUAUGCUUGAAAACCACAUUGUACAUUGUGAGUUAGUGAAUUUUUUUUACUGAACUAGCUAGGGCUGCAGCGAUUCAUUGAGUAACUCAAAUAACACAAUUACAAAAAAAAUCUUUGAUGCAAAGUCCCUGUCAUGGUGCACUGUUGAGUGGACAUGAGUGGAGGAUUAAUCCGCUGUUGUGGCUUAACCCCUGAGUUAGCUUCUCACAGAGAAGCUGGCUGAGAGGGAAGGCAAGGAAAAUUGGUUAUUUUGGAUAAUUGUGUUUUAAUGAAUCGACAUACAGAUGCAUAAAUAAGAUGGUAUUGUAAUUUGCAGUAUUCGUUUUGUUUUAUUGACAGUUAUUAGCUUAAAAUUGUGAUUAAAUGCACUUUCAGUGCUUACCAGGCUUCUGUUUUUAGAGCCUUUGGCCUAAUGGUUGUAAAUUUACAUGAGUGUACAUGAGCUACUCGCCAGUGACAGUGUAAAGAUCGAAGGUGUUAAAAAUAUAUAAUCAUUUGACAUCCUUGUGUAUAAUACAAUGUCCUGUCUUUGCAUAUUGCCAUCUGUUCAUCUGGUCUUUUUGAAAGCAUUGAAAUUCAUCUUGUACUACUUGUAUAACUAGCAUUUUGUUAGUUGUACAAUCUGUACAUGACAAAUGUGAGCUCGGACUGCAGCUACAUCGCGUCGGCUGUGUCUGUCUCCCUCAUUCUGUGUGUUGUAUUGGCUCGCUGUUAGCUCUGCAUCUGGGUCUGCUGCCCCAGAGCUGUUCACAGGCAAGAUUAACUAAGUUAUUGAAGAAACAAAAUACUAAAUGUACUUCCUUUGUUAAAUUGGGGAUUUAAUUGAUACUUCAUUGGUCCCCUGUAGGGAAAUUAUCUUUACGCCUCCCUCAACUUGCUCUUUGUGGAGUAAGUUGACCGUGAAGGGAGCCUGGGGUUAAGGGUCCUUCUAACAGAGACCUUCUGAUUACAAGGACACAGGCUUAGCCCACUGAGCCACACGCUGCCCCCUUGAAUUAAUGCUGGGUGCAGAUAAUCAUGAACAGUGUGAAGGUUUCUUUGUUUUUAACCGAUACACAGACCUAAUAUUUUAAUAUGUGGGCCAAUGACAUGAUGAAACUUUGUUUUGUGUUCAUAUGGUUUAGUUAAAUUUAAAGGCAUUAAUUUUCAAAUUUUAACUCUCCUUCAGCUCUUGACUGAAUAUUUUAAAAACGUAAGCGAUUUUACAGUUGUUUUUAGGAACUGACAUGUCGUCAUGAACUUUGUGUCAUCAGGCAACAUGCCUCACUGCUCGACCAAGAAAGACCUCAGUUUAUUUCUGCUUCUCCGCUUUCUUGCUGCUACUGGAUAGUUUGCUCUGCCACAUCCCAGAAUGCAAAGCAGACCUGGCUAAUGGAGCCAUUUAGCUGAAGCUCAGGCCACCUGGAAGUUGGGUCGGAUUGAGGUCAGAUCACCUUCACGCCGAAAACAAACCGCUCCAGAGUUUGGGAUCGGACCAAGACCAUCUCCUUUUAAGGGUCUAAGUAUGGUUCUUUUGGUCCACACCCAAGUGUAAUUACUGUAUUCACACCUGUUCAAACAAAUUGCACCAAGGGGGAAAUCAAACCAGAGUCUGUUCUAACUGGACUAAAAAGUGCUGGUGUGAAGACACCCGAAAACACAAUGCAGGCGGCUUGCUGUAGCCUAAAUCUGACUAUCUAAAUUAUCAAUGAAUACUUCAGUACAUUGUGAGCCUGUGUGCUUGCCAUGGUUGCCCACUGGGUGGCACUGUUGACUCAUCCCUCGAAGGUUUGAGGUUCAGAAUAAGUGUUGAGUUUGCAUGGUCUGUCGGUGUUGGGUGGGUUUCCUCUGGGGACUCCGCUUUCCCCCUGCAGUCCAACAAAGGUGUCCGUAGUUACCCAUAGCAAGGGGUAGACUGGGAUUAAACAUUGGUCCUGGACUACAAUAAGUUUUGCUGGCCCACCAGUAAAAUGCCCGCUAUGCCAGACAGCCAGUCCAGUACAGCACUUCCCAUAGCAUGUGAGUGUGUUUGUGUGUGUGUUAUUUCUCAGUUAUAGACUGGCAUCCUAUCUAGGGUGCACACCAGCCCUGUCCUGUCCUCCUCCAUAACCCUGACCUGCAUAACCAGGUGGUAGAUGAAUAGAUGUGAUCUUGUACUGGACAAGCUAAAUGGAAGAUGGAUAGAAAUUCCAAAAUAUAUUGCAGUCUCUUAAUGCAUCUUAAAAUCUCCAUUGGAUGCUCCGAGAAGCCUUUUCGUCGUUGAAAGACUCGUGUUGUCCGGUUCAUGAGAGGUUUUUGUCUUUCACUGAGCAUGCCUAACAGAUGAUGGCCAACUUCACCUGUACUCUAAGGCUGGAAUCUCACCUUCAGAGAGGUGGUUCACUAAGAUGCUGACUGGUGGGUUUUGCAAAGGGUGGGGAACGAGAGACCCAGAGAAGGGGAAGACUGGGAGCUGGAGGAAAUAGAGGAGGUGUUGGAAGAGCAUGCAGGGAACGUUAAGCAGCCCCAGAAAAAGUCAGGGAUGGGCAAGGAGAGGCUUCAAAAAAGCCCUUCGCAGAACAAAGACGGGAUCAAAAGCACACUGACUGGGGCUAGCAGAGGGACGGGUGCUGGAGCUGUAUGUGGGGUGGGGGUAUGUAGAUGACGAGGGUGACGAGGACAGAACAGCGGGGCAUUGUGAGUGAAUGCCAGGCACUGGUGUCCGCGCUUGGGCAUGCACACACGCUCCGACAGCAGCUCGCCGUAGCGCCACACUGGGACCCAUUCUUAGCGGAACUUUCCCUGGCCAACAUCAGCACAAGGUUCUUAGGCACCUGACGACUCGUGGGAAGCCGCCCCCCAGGCUGUCUUUGGAGAGACUCCCCAGGAGUUGUGGACGACGUACCAGAAGCUCCUUGCAGGUGUGAGCGGUAAGGACGAGGAGAAAGCAGAGGAUCUUGGGAGCCAAAAUCACUAUUGUGCAAAUUCUACUGCUGUCCUUCCUGGGCUGCCCACCUGCCCACGAGUGAGAGAGAGCGUGAGAUAGAGGUGGUGAGACCCACGACCAGAACCGCUCGACCCAAUGGCGUCCACGGGCCUGCAGCUGCUCGGCCUCAUCAUGUCCCUGCUGGGCUGGGUGGGCGGAGCCCUGGCCUGCAUUACCCCCCUGUGGCGGGUCACGGCCUUCAUCGGCAACAACAUCGUGGUGGCGCAGAUCAUCUGGGAGGGCCUGUGGAUGACGUGCAUCAUGCAGAGCACGGGCCAGAUCCAGUGCAAGGUGUACGACAGCAUGCUGGCGCUGCCCAGUGACAUGCAGGCGGCCCGCGGUCUCACCGUGCUCUCCAUCAUGCUGUGCGGCGUGGCGCUCGGCAUGGCCGUCCUGGGAGUCAAGUGCACCAAGUGCCUGGGCCGGCAGCACACCAAAGCCCGUAUUAGCCGCGUCUCCGGCGCCCUCUUCGGCCUGGCGGGUUUCCUCUACCUGGUCCCGGUCUGCUGGACGGCACACUCCAUCAUCCGCGACUUCUAUGACCAGCACGUGGCGGCUCCCCACAAGCGCGAGCUGGGCCCUUCCCUCUAUCUCGGCUGGGGGGCUUCGGGGCUCCUGUUGAUCGGCGGGGCCCUGCUUUACAGCGGCUCCAGCCCGCCGGGGGUGCCGUCCUCGCCCACGUUCAGCAGCGAAGAUGAGUCCUCUCGCAGGCCAGCAGGGGGCGCCACCCAGGUUAAGGGGUACGUCUAAAUGACGCUGGAAGAGCUCAUCAGACUCCGCUGGCACCUGGGACCCGGAAUCCACUUCCUGUUUGCUCACCCUACUCUCUUCCUCUUCCUCUUAAUACCCAUUUUACUUUUACUGUGUGGUAUUAGCUGUGGUUGAAGUGUGGAUGUGGAAAAAAGAAAUGUGAAAUCAUUUUGUUGCUCCACCUCUCGUUUCAUAACCCCUGUGUGUGUUCGUGUCUGUAUAAAACAAUAAAGUCUUCCAUCUUCACAUCUUUUA